AUGUCCUUGAGGAGGAAUGCAAGUAAAUACGGCGUCUCAUCGACGCAUGCUGAUGAAGAUACCCUGCCUACACAGACGCAAACGAGCUUCUUCCAAAAGGGCCGUGAAUUCGAAAGUCGCUAUGUAAAUCAUCAUUACACGGAAGAGGAGAGAGAAAAGCUUGGAACUUUCGAGAGUGUGGACUAUCUGCCGCCGCACAGUGCUGUUUACAAGGUCUGUCGACUAUUCAUAAAGUAAAUCUUGCUGCACCCACGGACCUAAUAAGGUCCUGGCUUAAAUUAUUAUAUUAAAUUAAAAUUAAAAUUGACCCAGGACUGUCAUUGGCUGUGGUCACACUUGGGCUUUUUUUACUAUAGUAAAGUCGAGUUUACUACUGUAAACACGUUUUCUAAUGUGACCGGCUUUUCUCAUUUUACUAUGGUAAACAUAGACCUAGUGUGUUGCGGUGAUAACGGCGGUAGAAUGAAAGCAAAGUUUACUAUAGUAAACUUUCCUAAAACGAUAUGGUUUAUCGCUGGUAUAUCUAAACUUUGUUUAUUCAGUUGACAUCUAGUCGCAUUAUUUGAGAUGCGUUCCCUGAGUAGGCAAGUCCACAGUAAAUUCUGGAUUUCAAGGAAUCAUACGCCUACAUCUAAUGUUCGUGUUUCAUUUCUGAGUCGAGCAUAAAUUUAGAAGUAAAUCAUUCAAUUCAAGUGUUUUUUUAUUCCGUGUAGCCACAUUUUUUCUAUCUAUUGUCUGAAUAUGGAUUUUGGUUGGCACACUUUUUUUAACAAACCUUCAUGUCCUUUUCACUUUAGAGUUCCACCGUUCCUGAAUAGUUUCGUAAUCCCACCAGGCAGUUUUUCAGACGAACACGGCCGCGGAGUAAUUCAGCAUGGGCCGCUUAUAUUUGGCCGAGAAAAUAAUGGGAUAGAAACAGUAUAAGCAGCGGCACAAUUUUCAGUGAAUGUAUGAUGUGCAGACAAUCACGUAACUGGAUAAAAAAUAAAACAUUCAUGGAAUGUCGUAAGAAUUAUCACCUGCUCUCAGGCUCAUCAUUUGAGUGACACAUUUCUGUUGGUAAAAACAAGAUUUCUGGAACGUGUUAAGUCAACUAAUUAGUUUUACUAUAGUAAAGUUUUUUUACAUUCUUUUUACCACAGUUAAAGCCUUUUACCAACGUCAAAUCCCAAGUGUGACCACAGCCAUUAUGACGCUUAAUUGAGAUCAUUUCUGGCUUGUGGGCUACUAUUUAUUUUAGGGUUUGCCUACUUAAGAAACUUUUUCCCGUGAAACGUUACCCUGUACCAUUGAGGAGAGUGGCUAAGGGGGGCUCUUGGUGCCAUUUCACGCACAAAUUUUGACAAAUUUCACGUAUCACGGCGGUUAUAAACCGAUUUUCAUGAGUCAUGAAUGUCACCUGUUAAUCAAAGGGGCUAAGAACCAAAAAACAUUCAUCAUGGAUUCCAAUUUGUAUUUUAUUUGAUGAUCGCAGUUUCUCCCCGCUUCCCCUCUCAUUAUCGAUGUUAGUGGGGCAAUCUCAGAGGGCGUAAAAGAGCAGUCGCGGAUGUGGGAAACUCGUGUUUCCAGGCAUGAAAACACAUCAAUGCCCCCGAUGCUAUUUCUUUUAUCCCCUAGUGACUCAAGCCUGUGUAGCAGGCGCAGGUUAGCUUUACUCCUUUUCUCCCCUCGAGCGAGCGUGCGCAUGUCCUCGAAAUUUCUCUCUUCGCUUCGCCCUGACAAAACUGGUGCCUUCUGUGCAGGCUUCAGUGACUGUCACCUCCGGAGCCUUUCGUUAGUGCAAUUCUUUCAGUUUAACAUGAAAACAAAGCAACACGAGAAUUGCUGAAGGAGACAAAUUAAUCCCAAGGGUCACAGUCACCUGUAUUUUUAGGGUCUGGUCCUUAGGUAGUAAUUAUUAACCAAGAAAAAAAAGUAACGCAAAGAAUGAAACCAACAGCCCUGUUCAAUCUAUCUGUCCUUUCUUACUGAUUUUCACAAAAUGUGACAAGUAAUUUACGAGUCCUGCACAUCUUAUAAGACAAAUCAUGCUUCUCAUGCAUAACUGGUUUCACGGAUCACGUUCCUAUCUUGGGAACUUUCACGCGUCACACACUAGAUUUGGGCCUAAUCACACGUCAUGCAUAAACCCUUUGCUACCCUCAUUGAGAAACAGGUACCAUUCUUUUAAUUUAGAAACAAUAUAUUUGGGGCGAGAGGAGGGGUAAUGAAGGGAGGAAAUAUAAAGUUAACAAGACACCGCAAAUGCUCAAAUUGGCGGCCCCUUCAAAUGAGCGCCCUCUUCGAAUUAGUGUUUCAUAAUCUUUCUGUCUUUUCUUCUUUUAUUUAACCAUGUUUGUGUCACUAUUCGACAAAAUUACAAAAUCACUAUUAUAAAGCUAGGGGCUAGAUUUGUUACUAGCACAAAGUGUUGCCAUUUUAUUUAACGAGUAUCCAAAAGUAUAAGAUGUAAUUCCACACAUUUACAACUUACAGUAACAUUUUUUGUUAAUGCUUUAUUUUAGAACUGGCUAAAACAGCAGCCAUCACGGCUGGACUGGGAUCGCUGGGUUAUGAUGGGAAUGAUUGGCUUCUCUGUUGGAUUCAUUGGGUUUCUGAUGCAUCAACUGAUUGAUGUCAUAUCAGAGUAAGAACAGAGGCUAUACAGAUUUUUUCUACAUUACAGUUUACUUAAAUUUGUCUCAAUCUUAUAGCUUUCCUUCUCUGAACAACUCACCUUUUUUAUCAGCACAGAAGCUGUCCAGUGGGAACUCCCAUAUAAAAGUGAUUUGGAUGCUUGUUGGAAGCUUAAAAUAAACUAUUAAACCCCUAAGGGAGACCAAUGUGGGUGUGGCUCAAGCUUAAACUGACCCAUAAUGGAGACCAUGCUAAAACAAACAUCUAAAUAAGAGCUAAGAGAAAGAGGAAAAUAAGAGGGACAUCAUGUUCUUUUUUUAACUUAAGAUCUCUGUGUGGUCAGUGUCACAACACUUUUUCUUUAUGCACAACCCUAAGCAAUACCCGAAUGGGAAAAUAUAGUGACUUUCUGUCCCAAACACCCUAAUAAGUGAGACCAAAAUCUACAAUUUAUUUACAUGUACACCCUGCCUAAGCAAGAUGACGAGCAUCACCGCCACUUUUAUAUGGGAGUCCAUCCCCCCUACCCCCCAGGAGUAUCUUGCAAGGGAUCAAUUUCUCAACUUUGUAUAAUCUUUUCUAGGGACCAAAAAACUGUUACUUGCAAUUGUUUUUUCUGUUUACAUUUAAGGUCAAUAAAUUAUUGAAGUUGUAGAAGUUUUAAAGGCAAAUACAAUUGAACUAUUAAAAACAAAACAAAAUGGAAUGGUUUGUGAGCUAUGACCCUAACUAAUUUUCUUUCGGUCUGAAAAAUUAUCAGGACUAUUGAGAAGCAGGACCCAAAUCAUGAUUAUCUUUCUGCGUUUUCUAUAGAGGUUCAAGGCUGCCCUCUAAGAAAAAUUGAAGGGAGCCCAGUGCUCUGAGCCCGUGAAAUCGAGGGUGCCCAGCAAUAAUAUGAUUUUUCUGAAAACGCCUGUCACCCAAGAGCAUUAGUAAGGUGCCAGGGCCUGCUGGUUGCUGCUAGAGCAAUUACAAAACAAUAUUUUAUUCAGUUAGUGCAGAAACAUUGUUCCUUUUUCAACAGAGUGAAGUGGGAUAAAGCUUCUGAGUUUAUAAAGGUACCGUUAAGAGCUAACUUGUUUAUAAUGUUUUUCUUAAUAAAUAUAAAUAACUGACAUCUAAGCUGUCCUUGGGAUGAGUGAAGAGCACAUAGUAAGUUAGCCCUGGCACAAGGUGGUGGCAUUCGUUGGAGUGGAAGAGGUGGUUGGCAGGUGGAAUGUAACACUAGCAGAACAAAGGGAUCCACUAACCGGAUGCUAUCCCAUAUAACAACAACAAAAAAGAGAACACAAAAGUAUAAACAUACGGCUAUUCCUGUACUGGGAAACUUCAACUAUCCUGCUGUAUGUGGGUUGAACAAUGUCCUUAAAUUCUUUUUAAGUACCAACUACUUCUACACCUAAAUAGUGGUGCCAUUAUGAGGUUCCCUACAGCUAACUGAACUGUGACCCUUGACCGUAGCUAAACGUGACUCUCUGGUACUAUGUACAUUCUUUAUUUCACAACUACAUCUUGAAGUGGAGUAAAGUUUUGUGUUGACCAAAGGAGUGAAUACAAUCAAAUUUUCUGAACCAGACACCUGGAUUUAACAGCAAUCACAGGGAGCCUUAGUGAAUCUGUAGUAUUGUGUUACAUUCCUGUUCUAUUCUUAACUUUUAACUGCUUUAUCUUUUUUUAGGAUAGGGACUUUGGCUUGGCUUGGGUAUGGGUCAUUGGAUAUAGUGUUCUUUUUGUCUUGGCAAGUUCUAUUCCAGUUGUGGUAAGUACCAACUUGUUUGUCUAAAUUUCUAAUUUUGACUCCAUUUAACAAGUUGGACAAUAAGAAGAUUUUUAAAACCCCUGAAUGAUCCCUUAAUUCAGAAAAUCAGUACAAGUGCAAGACUAAUGCAUGACGACACAAACAUUAUUUCAUAAGUUAUGGUCAGAUCAGUUUUAUUCAUAAUGUUAUCAAUUAAAAUAGACAGUAUAGAUUUGCUACAAACCCAAUUGUUUCAGAAAUUUAUUUCUCAAGUAAUUAAGAAUUUCCCAAAAUAAAAAUUAUGGGAGUCUAUCAAGCGAGACCUGAGCUUUCAGAAAAUUGAUAUCCAAGGUGUCAAUUUUCACAUCUAAGGUGUGUUUUCUGACUUACGUCACAGGCUCAAAAAAUCCAGAAUUGCAUAUUUAUUGCUUUCCCGGGAUUAGAAAAUAAAUUGGAACUGAUCGACUUAUGCUUAGAUUGUUAAUUUACCUUAAAUUUCCGGCAUUGUUUGUCCAUUUUUCCUUGAGAUACACCUGUAUGGAGGUGGAAUUUUUUUGUAAUGCUCUUUGACUUCAGGCCGUGGCUUUCCCUUUAACAUUGUGUGAGUAAACCUGGCAUUUCUUCCAGUGCGGUAUUAUAAAUCCUCUUCUUUUUAAGUCAAUUUGUUAUUGCAGUGCAGUCUAACACAGCCACAAAAUCACACUUAAUUUGUCCUUAAUUUUUGUCACACCACAUAAUUAAGAUUCAUAUUAAUAAUGCCCAGGAUUUGUUUUCAGUACAGUUUGCAAUCCUGGACAUAUCUCUUCAAAUUACCGUAGGUAACAAAAAAGUAAUACAUUGUGUUAUUUGAUUGUCGUUUUUUAGUAUUUCCGUCCUUCUGCUGGAGGGUCAGGUAUACCUGAAUUAAUUGGGUUCUUGAAUGGUACAGUGGUGAGACAUAUUUUCAACUUCAAGACAAUGCUUGUCAAGUUCUUCUCUUGUGUAUGUGCAGUUGGUGCAGGCCUUCCUAUUGGUCCGGAAGGCCCUAUGAUUCAUUUGGGGUAUGUAAAUCAAAGAAAUCUAGGACAGCUACAUUGUGUGUAAUCCAAAAAUUAACAUUCCACAAAUUCAACCAGUUAAGUAAUAUUAUAGAAAUAUUGAAUGGUACAGCUAAAAGAAUUGGGUUUUGUCUCUGACAGUGUGUCUCUGUAAUUUGUGUUUCUUUUUAUCCAAGAAUUAAUAAUGUUUUGCUGUAUGGUCCUUAAUUUUCAAACAAUAAUGUCUCAGCAUCCGGGGAAGCUUUAGAUAUUACCAUUUGCCAUCCCUAAAACUGUAACCUCCUUGUUAUUUGUAGACUGUUCACAGUCCCCUAUUUUUUUGUGAGAUCGUUGAGAUAUAGCGCGCCUUUAAUGACAGCCAUCUUGGUUUUCAAAUGUACCGAGGGGGCGGGUGUCGGGGAUUAUAGCUCUAGGGGCAGGUGGGCAAGAAAAAUAGAGAAACUGUAAUAACAUCAAUGCAGUUUGCGUUCACGGAGCGCGUUGUACCAGCAACGCAGGCGUUUGAUUGGUCAUAAGACAAUAGAUGUUAAUUUGCGUUGACAACGGGUUUAGUUUAAGUUGCCGACACUGACAAGUCAUUGACAAGUCGUCGUUUCUAUAAAAUGCACGCUUUCACACCAUAAGGUUCAAAUUGUGCAAACACACGAACAAUUUUUGGUAUUUUGCGGAUGAAUCACGUAAGCCAACAUGCUUUGGAAGCAGCCUGGCCGUGGGAAUGUUGUAACACAGUUUCUGCCAAAUGAAUUGAAAUUUCAUGCAACGCCGACGCAAAAAAGAUGACCUGUCAGAAAUGCCUGGCUUUUUAUCGGGACGUUUUAACCAUUUUAGUCUAUGGUCAAGUGAGCAUGCUUAGCGAUUCGAUUAGGAAAAUGUUUCUCUUGUGCCUGUUUGCCGAUUUUAUUUGUAGGAAUGGCCUAGAAACAUUAUAAAAUCACUGUUUCAAAAGGGGAUAUUUGUAAACACGCGUAAUCGAUGCUAAAUGUGUCUGGCAUGUUUUUCAUUGCCAGCGGAGUUUCUUAAUUAAUGAAUGGUAAAAGGCGUGAAAUUCCUGUCACGCCUCCUGAACGCGAGCUGCAGUGAUGUUAUUACAGUCCCUCUAUUUUUCUUGCUUCCUUCCAAACUGCCCCCUGCCCCCUAAGUAGUUUUGACACUCAUGCAAGAUGCAGCCUGAAACGCAAAGCGCUUGAUCUCGACGAUCUUACGGAAAAGUAGUUUUGACACUCACACAAGAUGCAGCGCGAAAUGCAAAGUGCUCGAUCUCAACGAUCUUACGGAAAAAUAGAGGACUGUGAACAGUCUAUGUUAUGUUCUAUUAAACCUUAACACCCCACUGUUUCAAAUAAAAGCAAAUGUAGCUACGCAGAUGUCUAAGCAGUUCCAACACUGGGCCUGCAUCCUUUCCUUAAAUCUGUUUUUAUUGACACCAAUAAUUACUCUUCAAGUACUUACAUGUAUUGUGUAACCCAUGGAGAUAUUUUCUUUUAUUUAAACCAUCUCAUACAUCUGGCAUUUUCAUAUGGGUGUAUCAUGACUCACUCACAGUUUAUGUUUGUUUGCAGGAGUUUGGUUGGUGCAGGCCUGAGCCAGUUCAAAUCACACACCCUUAAAUUUCAAUUGCCAUUCUUUGAAAGAUUUCGGAACACAGAAGAUAGGUAGGGAACUACUGCACACCUUCGAAUUAUUAUAAAAUUUUUGUCAUUUGAUGCAAAUUUUUCUUCCUUUUCAUCGGCCAAGAGCCCACCAUGUGACCUGCAAAUAAAUGCCAACAAACAAAGGUCUGCUCAUGCUUGAUGUUGUCCAUCAGUGUUUGGCUGCAAGUGAUACUGAGGCGGGCGUAAGGGGGGUACGAAUACCGCAAUACCGCACAUGGUAGCGCGAGCAUACCACAAUACCGCAUCAAAAUUUAGCCAAAUGCCGAAACCGCAAUUACAAAUGGGGAAAAGUUGACGUUGUCAAUACUACAAAUCCCCCUUUCAAACAGAAAUAAUACUUUUAUAUCAGUGUUUCCAAAUCAAGGUGCGUUGAAGUCAAGCAUGCGAUAAACAUAAGAUCAUCGCACUCGUUUAAUUUUGUUUACAUAAAUGAUACUUGGGUUAAUUUUCGCUGGGUAUGUGCCGCUGGCUUCUCAGAGCCCCCACCCCAUUAUAGUCUAUUCUGUGGCCAAUUAUAGACCCCAUCUUAGUCACUUUUGGACAAAUAUUUAAUUUUCCGAUCCCAGCUUAGUCGCUUUCUAUUUUUAUGAACUGAUCAUUUUUUUUAGAUUGAAUGAAGAACACUUAACUUUUCAUCUACAGUACAAACAUUCUGGUACAUUUGCUAACCGUAAAUAUGAAGAAUUGUCCUACCCCCAAAAAUCAGAAAAUGCGCGACCCCAUUCUAGUACCUCUCUUGAAAAUGCAACCCCAUUCUAGUCACUCCACUUGUGAAAAUACGGCCCCAUCCAACGGCACAUCCCCAUUAGCCUCUUAUAAGGAAGUAACCCCCCCCCACCCCCUCCCUGGCUGCCAUGCUACGUAUGCUAAACACACGAAUACUUGUACAUCUCCACUUGUGAAAAUACGGCCCCAUCCAACGGCACAUCCCCAUUAGCCUCUUAUAAGGAAGUAACCCCCCCCCCACCCCCUCCCUGGCUGCCAUGCUACGUAUGCUAAACACACGAAUACUUGUACAUUCUAUAUUCCUGCAUGCACAACGAGAAGGACGAGUAGUAAUCAUUAGACCACACCAUCUUCACAUAUUAUCUUUCGACACUACGAAAUUUAUAACGACCUCACUGACCUCACUAUUUGCUGGAAUAUCUGACUGAUCACUUAGUUGACCCUCUGGAUUGCUUGCCAUUGUUUCGCGACUGGCACGAAAGUGGCGGUAAGAUUGGUAGGGAGGUUAACCAAGCUGACUAUUCCCACAAGGUCCACGGGGUCAUAAAUAAUGCGACGUGUUUAUGAUAAAAAAGUUAAUGUCGUUAAUCAUAUCAAGUAUUAAUUGAAAUUACAAGCCAUACGAUUUGUCUGGACUGUUUGCGCAAUAUACGAUCCCGGACUGUGCACCUAUAGGAAGACACGCAGGUCACGCCGGCUAGUAUUUGUAUCCUCUUACAUUUAAGUCAUGAAAAAGAAGCAGAUCACCGUGACACAACGAUUUUUCCACCGACUACCGCGAUGUAAAAUUUAAACUCACCGCACACCGCUUGGGCUCUGAAAACCGCAAUACCGUACUUUGAAAUAAAAAUUACCGCAAAACCACACCAAAAAAACCCCAAUACCACAAUACCGCAAACCCUUACGCCACCCUCGAUACUCUGCUCAUGUGUAUAAUGAAACCAUGCAUUUCUCCUUCUUGGGAUCGCUCUUGUGUGAAAAUGACAGAUCACUUAGAUUUUGAUUAAAACAAACUCAGUGAUCGAAUGAUAAAACAAUUAUUGAACUUGGUUAUUGCAAAAUUUCCUGACGUGUCAGUGAUGAGCAGAUAAAUUAGCCAAAGGCUGAGGCAAAUAAUUUUAUUGAUCUGCAAGACAAGUUUAAAAAGUCUGAAAGAUUAUUUCUUGUGUACAAGAGAAUAAUGAAAUUUAAAGGUUGUGGCUGAAAGUAAGUUUUAGUGAUGUUAAGUGUAGAAAAUCCCUUUCACCAGGCGUAACUUUAUUUCUGCUGGUGCCGCAGCGGGUGUGGCCUCAGCGUUUGGGGCUCCUGUUGGUGGUCUGCUCUUUUCUAUGGAAGAGGUGUCUUCUUUUUGGAACAUGAAAUUAUCCUGGCAAACAUUCUUUGCCUGCAUGGUGUCAACAUUCACUACAGUNCGUAACUUUAUUUCUGCUGGUGCCGCAGCGGGUGUGGCCUCAGCGUUUGGGGCUCCUGUUGGUGGUCUGCUCUUUUCUAUGGAAGAGGUGUCUUCUUUUUGGAACAUGAAAUUAUCCUGGCAAACAUUCUUUGCCUGCAUGGUGUCAACAUUCACUACAGUAAGUAUGAUAAAUUUACAAAAAUGUUAUUUUCUUUCAUGCAUUAGAAGGCAGCAUGACACAUAGUUGCUUGUCACCUCUGUUGGUUGGAAAAGUUUCUUAUAGCAAGCUUAGGUUUACCGUAAAUGAUUUAAUAGAUACCCGGGAAGCUCUCCUAAGGACACUCUUGUAAGUGGACAGCUCUACUUACGGCUGCCUUCACAAAUCCCUUUCUCAAUUCCCAUACAAGCCCGUGGAGGAGGCAGGUCACUUGACGCAGUUAGUCACGAUCUUGUUACAAACAUUUUCCUCAAACAUAGAAACUGUGGUAACAUGCCCUCACGAGAUCUGUUUUUUAUUAUCAAAAUGCUAUUUUUAGAAAGAUAUAAAUAUAGCUAAUAGAAAACAAAUCUAUUGGAAAAACAAGGUACACUGAGUAAAACAAACUAGUAAAUAAUUUUAAUUUUCCCUUUGGAAAAUAUGUAGAUUCCUUUUUUUUCUCCUUUUAAAUUAUGGUUACUGGAGUAAAGACUAUUCAUCACCAGUAAGCUCGUGUCCUCUCAGAGGACUAUUUUUUGCUAUUUUUUGGAGUAUUUGAGACAGUGCGUCAAUUACUAGAUAAUUUACGGUAGUGAACAUAAUUUUGUGCUCAAAGAUAGGGAGACACAGAGUGAAGCAAACUUUAUUAAGUAAAAACAAAAACUACCUUUAAAUUGUUGGUCAUGACUCUGAAAGAGUGAAAUAUUAAAUUAAAUGUCUUAUUUAAUUUUGCUCUUUUAAGGAUUUGUUUAAUUCAGCUUUUGAUGGAUUCAAGUAUCAAGGAGACUUUGGAUUGUUCAAAGCCGAAAAAAACAUUUUGUUUCAGGCAAGUAUCUCCAUAAAAUAUUUUUUCAAACAUUUAAUAUAGCCAUAACAUGACUGUAUUAGUGUUGUGUAUUUUUAUGUACAAGUUCAAACAGGAGCACAUUUUUCUUCUCAUUCAGUAUUUAAUUUAAUUUAAAACUUGAUAGAAUUAGAAAAACCCAUUGAUUUCAAGUUGAUUUAAAUUCCAUCCUCCACUGCAUACUGCCUUUAUAAUGUUAGGAUGUUCAGUGCUAGUUUGAUUUUUUUUAGUGCUAGCUCUUAUUUUAAAAAUAUGGAAGAUGCUUUAAAAUACAGAAUUUGAAUAUGAAUGUUUGUCCCUUAAAAUUCAAGCAAAAAACUCCCAUAAUAAGCCACUUUGAAUAUAAGCCCUGAUUGAGCCUUGAAAACAAUAAGCCCAGGGGCUUAUCUGCAGAAUUUCAUGUAUUCACAUAAAAAAAAUUCAUCUUCUAGUUUGGCAUAGGCAAAUCUAAAAAACAUAUAAACAAGGGCCAUGGCAAUGUCUUUUGUCUGCUUCUCAAAUGUUAGGUCCUUUUGAUUAACAAGCCCCUUAACCCUUUAAGCCCCAAUAUCCAGAAACAAAUUCUCCCAACUGAUCUCUAUACAUUUCCUUAAAGAAUUUGUUCAGAGAAUUUGAUGAGAGAUCAAAGCAUUUCCUUUUUGGUGAUCAUUUUAUUAAUUCUCAUAACCUAAUCUCUUGACAAUGUAUUGGUAUCAUUAGGAGAAUAUUGAUGUCGGUCACCAUUGGGACUUAAUAUGGUGGUGUAUUUACAUAAAAAAGAUAUUAAAAAAUUAUCCUAGUCCAGCAUACGCAAAACUAGAAAACACAAAAACAAGGCCCACAGGAAAUUUAUUGGUGAUGAUGUGCCUUUUGUUUGCAUCUGAAUCUGAGGCAGAAUUUGCUGUGUGAUCUGUAGUUUUACACAUCCACAUCCCUCUAAUGGCCCCCAGCUUAGUACACACCAAGCUGAUAUAUUUGUUUCACUGCAGAUUAGUCAUGGCAUUGGCUUAAAUAUUCUGGCAUUCAUACCUACAGUUAUUAUUGGCAUUAUUGGUGGACUGUUGGGUGCUGUGUUUACAUUUAUUAAUUUGAAGGUACAAUAUGUAUGUAUGAUAAUGAAUGGAUAUGUUGUGGUUCAAUUUUAUCCUUGGUUUAAAUUUUGUUGUCUUUCGUUUUGGGGUGUGGUAAUGUAUGAUAAUGAGGUGAUAAUGAGUUUGAAACACAGGGUAAAAUUGAACCACAACAUAUAACUGCUUGAAAAAAAUGUUUUGCUUUGAAAGUAUCAACCAACUAAAGCUUCAAGGUAUACUUUCAUUAGCACUUGGCAAAUACAGUAGAAAGUUCUUUCAACAUUGUCACGAGCUGCUCGUGCAGAUGCAAAUCCCUAGAGUAUUUUGUUUAAGGCAUGCUGAUGUCUUUUUAUGUCUUCUAAGAAAGCUUUUAGGUCCUAUCUUAUGAUUUCAAGGGUGCGUUAGUAAUGUGGCUACGCUCUUUAACUGUAGAGAUCUCUGAUGUGCCAGGCUGCACAGGUGAAGUUGUGGGCUUACUGCUUUGAAAACUGGAAUCCAUUUGAUCUUUUUGGAAUCCAUCGUCGUGAAAAGCUUCGAUAAUGUACACUAUUCUGGAAAGUAACUUUAAAUUUGCAAUGCUAAUAAAGUUCUGUAAUAAAUUCAUUAGGUCCUAUUGAUCAUGGCUUUUUAUACCUUUUAAAGCAACAGUGUUUCUUCAAUCAGGUGUAUAUAACAUGCUUGAAGUUUACAGUGGUUGACAUUACCUUUAUUUGAAUCAGUGAUUGGUUUUUAUCAGUUCAGCAUGUCCGCAUGAGUUGAUUGUCUUGAUUGUUCUUGAAGAUUGCAAGGUUUAGACGAUCACAAAUUAGCAAAAUAAAAUCCAAGCAGUGGAAGAACAUAGCCAAGAUAUCUGAACCAGUUCUUAUAAUGGUAUGUGCUUAAUAUAAAUCCUGCAUUAAAAUAAUUUUUGCUAAAAUAUAUAAACUUUUAAUCAGCACGUCAAUCCAAAGAGUAUGCUGCUUCUCCUCUUUCUUUCUAUGGAUUUCACUCAUGAGGAAGAGUGGGAGGCAUCUGAAAAAGUCUCUUAGGUGCUACACCAAAUUCAAUGGAGAAUUUCUAAGUAUUCUCUCUAGUGAAAAUUGUGCAUUGUAUCAGCAUAGAAAGUGGUCUUUUUCAAGUUCAAAUAAGAAACCCAUUAGUGCAGGCUAGAAAAAAGGGUUUUUGAGUUUUAUGUUUGUACUAGACAAUCUCCGAGGGUUAGGUACAACUUACUGCUCGUACUGUGUACGCCACAGCUCUGCGUGCAUUAAGCACGGAUAAACUUAAGUAAUCCCAGAUUGUUUAUUGUGUUUGCAGGUUAUAACCGGUACAGCCUCUGUAUUUUUGCCUGCUGCAUUCCCUUGUACCUUGUUUCAGUGCAGUUUUACAUCUGAAGGGUUCAGGUAAUGGUACUACCUUAAUUUUUCCACAUAGAGUCAGUGCAUUCUAGAUCUCAACCAUUUAAAUAAAAUUACUAGGAACAGACAUGAUGUAACAGUUAUCUACGUCAAUUUUAAGGCUGUUUUUUUUUCUUUUGGCUUAAUUUUGUCUGGAUUUUUGCAUGUGACCGUAAAUCCAGACUGUCAGGAGACCAUCAGAUUGACAUGAUAGAUUGCUGCUUUAUAACGGAUUUUCUGAAUUUCUAACACCCCAACCCUCGUUCUAACCAGCAAUUUGCAUCGACAACCUGUUGAACUUAAUGCUUGCAUGCCUUCAACAGGCACAUGAGAAAAUAGAGGUCUGCAAACAUUCUACCUUAAAUUUUCUUGGAGGGACCCUUUUCAGAGGUUUUUGUCCCUAUUCUUUCUGCUUGUUUGUCAGAAAAGUGAGGCCAGAAAUUAGAGUGCAGAAGAAACAAAUGAAGUGCUUGGUUAAGGAAACGAUAGCAGAGUCACCACCAGGCCUCUAUUGACUCUCUCUGCUUGUCACUGCCUGAGGAAACAUCGUUCUCUUUAAUUUUAGAGCGGUUUUCAUUUGAGUGUCGAAAAGUAAUUGGUUUUGCACUUUCUACACGAUGCGAUUGGCUUAAAAGAUUCGCGCCACCUUUUCAUCCAAUCAGAAGUAAAACCAAAGCCAAUUGUGACGCACUCGCAUGCAUUUUCCCGCGCUUUGCGUCAGCCACAUGUAAUUACUUCGAGUUUUGAUUGGUUCAAUGUAUUGUCUGUGUCCUAUGUGAUUGGCCAGAGUAAUUACUUUGGUUUUGGUUUUACGACACUCAAACGAAAACCACUCUAUUAACAAGGCUGACAUUUCACAACGCCUCCACUGGUUUCUCCGUGAAAUGACGUCUGAGAAACAAGUGCAGAAAUUGUAUACUGAUGACGUCACUAUCUAGAUCUGGGUAGUACUUUUGAUUGGCCAUCCCCGCAUGGGAAAUUUGCUUCAGCCAAUCAGAAGCUCUACCCAGAUCUCCAGUGUGGAAUAUCUGCACUGCUCUCUGAGAGGUCAUUUUGCUGGGAAACCAGUAGUGGUAUCGCGAAUGUCGGCUGUGUUUUUCAGGCUAGUCACCAGGUUUAAAAUUCAUCUUCACAUUCAUAUCAUUGUGAACUUGCCACCUUAGUAACAGAACAUCUAGGCUAGAAACCAGGAGGUUAUCAAGGAUCCGACUCCAACUGGGAGAACUAAACUUCAGCUUCAACUUUAUUUAUUAAAAAUGGUAUUACAAUAGGCUGGCCCGCAAAAAAGCAAUUACUAAUCUAGGCGCACCAGUUAAAAGAAAAAAUAUAAUGAAGGGAAACGAAGGAAACUAUUUUAAGUUACAGUAAUUCUUAUUUCUAUCAUAGUUUUAUUUUAAUUGCCAUUACAUCUAAGGAAAAACGAAAAAGGAAUUGACGGAGAGCGGAAACCUUAUAAAUUUUAUACAGAAAUUACUUAACUGUCAAUCCAACUUUUUAAAGUAUCAAUGGCGUCUCAAUAUAGUCCUUUUCUCUUUUUAAGAUAUCGUAAAGCAAUCCGUGAGGUACUUUCGCAAAUUCCUUUUUCGGAGCACUCUAAUACCACAAGGUAUCUCAUUCCAAAGUUUUACGCUAAAGCGAGACAAGGAGUUUUGUGAAAUUUUGAUUUUCUUUCUGAUUCCUCUGUGUCACUGACUGAAAAAAGAUCAGGCAUUUUCAAAUCCACGACUUAUCAUCAUUGACCUGGGCUAAACUAUCUAGGCAAAUGUGUACCCUUAAAAGUCCUUUGCUAAUGCCCCAUCUCUUGUAAGUAAUAUUGUCUAAGGAAUGUGAUGUUCUAUCCUAGUGAAAAGUGUUUGACAAGCAGUCAGCAUCCUUUGCACACUGAGAGAGACGUCAAGAACUACACCUGUCCUGUAGGAAUCACUAGAGUCAUUAAUGGAACAGAGUUUACCAACUCUUCCUUUAAUGAAGGUAACUGGUGGUGGUGGUGGUGGGGGUGGUGGGUUGGGAGGGGGGGGGGGUGUAAGGAAAAGGCAAAAGUAGAAAGUGAGGGGUGGGGUGGGGGUAAUAAAUUUGGUUAUGAGUGAAAACAUUUUGGGAACAGUCUUUCAAAAUUAUAAAAAGAGGGUCGCAAUAGGAUCACAUGAACCCUUGACGUUCCCGUUUUUGUCGCGGCCAUCGUCGCUUAUUAUACUUGUCUAAAUCAUAUUCACGAGAGAAAUCCGAUGUCCGACCACAGCAAACGAGACAAAGACGAUGACUGUCCACGACACGAAGAAUUCUUAAUAACAAGUAUACGUUGGUCCGCUGUGCGUUAAAAUGGGUGGGGGUGGGGGGGGGGGUGGCGGGUGGGGGUGGGGGGGGGGGGGGGGGGGGUGUAAGGAAAAGGCAAAAGUAGAAAGUGAGGAGUGGGGUGGGGGUAAUAAAUUUGGUUAUGAGUGAAAACAUUUUGGGCACAGUCUUUCAAAAUUAUAAAAAGAGGGUCGCAAUAGGAUCACAUGAACCCUUGACGUUCUCGUUGUUGUCGCGGCCAUCGUCGCUAUAGCUCCCUAUUUUAACGCGGCGAUUCCAGACGUUAAAAGUUGCCUCUGAUAAAAGGUUUAUGUGCAACGGGGCCCUGCCUUAAAACACUUUACGUUAAAUGGACGUAUCAAGGUUCUGUUCAAAUCGUUUUGGGGGCAAAUAAGCGGUACAUUUGCGUUGAAGAAUCUAAAACAGGAAUCGGACUGAGAAAAAGACCAAAUGCAAAAAGGAAGGGUAACUCUCAGACAUUGAUGCCACUUUUUCAUUCCCCACCCGACUGCUCUAGUUACUAGUGGUAGCUCAUGGACGCCAAUCGUAGAUUCUAAUCAUUGUGGGAUGUAUUUCUUUUCUUUUCUUUUCCUUUAGUUGCCACAUUGUUAUUUGUAACUGGAGAAAAAGCCAUUCAUCACUUGUUUUCCAGGGAUACACCUUAUGAGCUGGGAUAUGCGUAUGUAGCAAUGAUAAUUUGUCUUAACGCAACCUUAGAGAAGACAAUUAUAAGUGGCCUCCAAACUCUCAAACUUGUAAGAUUUUGCAAAAAAUAAUUCUCCUAACGUCUAAGCUUUAUAGAGCAAUUAUCUCUCUAGCUAUAGCUGAACAUAAGCUCUUCUCUUUUACCUCAUUUUGUAGUUGUUGUUUUUUUCGAAAACUUGAAAAACUUUUGAAAAUAAUUUCUCCCGAAAUUAUAAGUAACUUGACAGCUAUUGUUCUCUUUUCGAGCAGUUAAACUACUAUCAUUGUGAAGUUCCAAUUAAUUCUCACGAUUUAAUUUGGAAUGUGCUAUUGAACAUUUAGUAAUAAGUGGUUUUCCUGAGAGUGAACUUUACUAUUGUGUCUGAUGAAAGAAAGACAAAUCUCAUAUUACUGUUUUUAAAAAUUCUGUAAAACAAAUGACACCAUGUUAAAGUUCUGUUAAACAGAUUUCAUUUGCAUAGUCUCAGUCGAUACCAUGAUUUUUUUUGUCACUUACUAAAAAGGUGUAUUUAUAUGACAUAUUUUGAUCAUUAAUUCUGUGCUUGAAGUUUUUAAUAAUAAGCAAAUAUCGAACGUUGUAGAUGGAUUUUGUCUCUUUUUUCAGGUCGCUGUUUUCAGUUUUAGUAAUCUACUUUCUGCUAGCAUGUUGGUCAGCUGGAACUGCUAUCUCUAGCGGUUUGGUCGUGCCUAUGUUGUAAGUACAAUUUCUGUGCGAGCAGGAUGCAUGGGAAACCUGUGCUAAGAUCAGGAAGGGUAACCUGAAGCCUACAUGUAUGGAAAUGCACUUGUCUAAAGAAACUUGUGGCAUUUUCCCAAGUUUUCAAAAGUAAAAACUGGAACUACUUCGUGUGCGUGGAACCCUUGGACACGUGUACUUUGCUUUGAAUUCUUAUUUAUGCCCCAUUCACACCAUUAGACGCGUGUAAAAGUUGUUUGGUUCAAUACGGUUUAAGUUUUUUCCUCCAUAAAAACUUCCUAAUGAUUUUUGUCAGUUACAAAUUUGGCACAAUUGAAAGGCUGGAAGGCAUAAAUCAAAACUGAACUUCAAAUCUAUGUAAAAGUUAGUCGCUAAGUUUUCUUUUCCUGGUAUUCAUUUUGUUAAAACUGGUUUAUCUAAACAUGUUUUGUUGGUGUGAGCAGGGCUUUAGUUACUAGCUGUGUUCUGUUACUAAUCAAGCCUAAGACCAACUUGAAGAACUCGUGGAUUACAUGUACUAACUUUCCCGCGCUUUGCAAAGCUUGGCAUUGACCCGCAGCUAAAUGUACUUUUCUUUGAGUUCUGAUUGGUUAAUGGGACCGUUUGUAGCCUGCGUGGCAGGCGUUCGAAAGGAAAGGGGAAGGGAAUUAGGGCGCGAGACCACGCCCCUCGCGUUUCUCUCGCGCCUAAAACUCCCUUUUCCAAAACACCCUUUCAUUCCCUUUCAAACGCCUGCCACGCAGGCUAGACCGUUUGCAGCUAAUGUGAUUGGUCAGGUCGUCCGUGAACUUGCUUUGAAUCUGCCAGGCUCAGUAAUUAGUAUUACAAUACUUUAUCUUGUCACCAGUUCACGUAGAGAUCUAAUCAUUUUAGAUUUAUAGGUGGGACUUAUGGACGGAUUAUUGGAAGAGCUAUGGUUGACAUGUUCGGUUUUCACUCAACAGGUGUGUGGCUUUUAAACGAGCGUGCUUGUUCCCGCCAACUCGUUGCAGCGAUUUUUAAACCUUUAAACCCAAAGAUCAAAAUCUGAAUUCUCAUUUGUUGCCCCUAUUCAUUUCCAACGGAAGUGGUCGGGAGAAAUUGAUGAAAUAUCGAGCAGAUUCAUUUGGGGAUUUUUUUGGGUGGGAAAAUUUUGGCAAGUAUUUUUUUGGUAGCUUGAUUUAAGAAGGGGUUUUUUGGGUAUUCAAAACUAAUGUUUCCAUUUUUCGUGUUAUAUAUCAUUCUUUCUGGAAAUUUUUAUGGCUCGGAAAUUCGGCAUGGGAUUUUCUUUUAAAUUUUGCUCCAGGGAUUUUUUUCGGUAUUGAUUUUUGCCCCCCAUUAGAUCAUCCCUGUCACUUGAAAUCCGGAGUACCCCCUCCCCCCCGGGGGUGUAGAUAAAUUGGAUAAGUUAAAGGAACAGUAUUACUCGACGGACUAUCGUGUGACGUACAAUGCAAAGCGAAUUUAUUACGAACUAAAACUAGAUAUUCUUUUCUUCAUUCUGAUUGGUCAAUAGCACGACCCUUUUUUUGGCUCGUUAAGUUAUUUUUGAUUGGAAUUCCAGCAAAGCUUGUUUUGAUCGUUUUAACUUUCAAAUGAUGGCGGAUGAAACUAUUCAUGAACGCGCUAGGGAAACAAAAAUAGUACUUUUGUAAAUUAAUGUGACAUUCCAUUCGUUGACUAUGACCAUCGGGACAGCACUUUGCACUUACAAGAAGUCCUCUGUGCAACCCCUAAAGAAGUGGAUUUGAAAGUAACGUUAUAUUCCGGCUGACUUUGUAUUUUUACAUCAGGUUACUGGGCGUGGAUGGAUCCAGGGGCCUUUGCGCUUAUCGGUGCAGCAUCAUUUUUUGGUGGAGUGUCAAGACUGACCAUGUCGUUAACAGUGAUUAUGGUAGGUCAAAAUAUCAACAGGGACGGUUUAAAAGAACUACAACAGUCGAAACUGAAAAGAACCGGCUCUUAAUGAGCGAUUCGUUAUCUUUCAUUAUUAUUCAUUUAUAUAUUCCUCCGUUUCUGAUUGCCUCAAAUUCCCCCUGCAAAUUCUUCAUGACGAGGUGGCGUUGACCGAAUUUGGAAGAGUCUGCGAUAUCCGGGAAAAUGACAUCAACAAGACAGGACAGGAGGUUGCGUUAACUUAGGCCCAGUUCAAACGUCAAUCUUUUCAUGUACCGAACCUAAUCCCUUCAAUGUAGAACAUGAAGAGAUCGCCUUUUGAAUCAAUUAAUUCCGACAUAUCAUGAAUUUGGGUCGACCCAUGAAUUAAGAUCGAGUGCCCCACAUGGGAAUUUCGACCAGGGAGUGAUUUAGUUUCAAACGUCGAUUUUCUCUUUUGCCGAAACUAAUGCAUCAGUUACUUAAAUUCAUUUUCACUGGUAAGCAUUUUAGACCAUUGUACAUCGUGAAAAUGAAUUGAAUCCGACCAAUUAAGUUCGACGUCUGAAUGAACGGUCGAAUUGUAGUUCUUAUAAAUUCAUUGGACUUUCAGAUGGAGAUCACAAAUGACAUCCAGUUCUUGUUACCGAUCAUGGUCGCCAUUAUGGUAGCGAAGUGGGUUGGUGACUUUGCCACUCAUCCCCUUUAUCAUGCGUUGCUGGAAUUGAAGUGCAUUCCCUUCCUUGAUUCGGAACCUGUUAUUCUUCACGAGGGAUCACAAGCGUAAGUCGUUUACAGUCGACUCUCUCAUAACGGACACCUCUAUAAGACGGACACCACUGUAAAACGGACACCUAGUGUUGGUCCCUUCCUUUCUUCCCUCCCUCUAUUUGACUCUCUAUAAGACGCACAUCUCUCUAAGACGGACAGCUAGUGCCGGUCCCAAAGGGAUCCGUCUUAGAGAGAGUUGACUGUAUAUUCAUUGAUCAAACGUAAGUGCAGCACCUUAUAAGUCGAAUGGCUCUCAGAUUAUCCCAAUUCUUUUUUCUCUCACGCAUUGGCCGGUUUUCAUUAAAGUGAUGUUACACAAGACGAUUCGCAACGACGAUUUUUAGCGCAACACAGUGUUGCUACAUUGUUGCGACAUUGUUUCGAAUAGUUAUAACAUUGUACCAAUAUUGCGACGCUGUGUUGCGUUAAAAAUCGUCUUUGCGAAUCGUCCCGUGUGACAUCACCUUUAGGGAACUAAGUAAAGGCGUUUAAAAUAACGCACGUCCGUCCACCGGAAAUGGACUUUUUGCAUUCAUCAGCAGCGGUUUUGCCCAAUACUUCGGACCAAUAGUCUCUUUAAGAGUGAAGAAACUUAGCAAGAUAAGUUUGGUAGCGUCAGGGCAUAUUGACAGGGAAAAGGGCUCACAUUCGGUUGAUAUGCGGGGCACAGGCAACACCUUUGCUUAAGGCUGCGUGCAAACGGACGUAACAACUCCCAACAUUGUUGCGCCAACAGUGUUGGCAGUUAUUGCACGCGUGUUGGCAGUGGUGUGCAAACGGAUGCAACAACUCCCUACAAUGGUGGGACCUGCAGUGCAUCGUGGGAAAGAUACAACCCAUAAGUCUUUGUAAACCAUGCGUAAUGAGCGUGCGCGGCCCCAACAAUGUUGGAAGAGCUGUGCAAACGCAUCCAACAUUGUUGCGCUACGCUUCGGCGAUCACGGAACAAAAGAAAUGUUGGGAGUUGUUGGCUGAAAAGUUUGACCGGUUUCAAACUUUGCGCAACAACACGCAACAACAUCCAACAACUACAACAGGGUGUGCAAACGGACGCAACAUGUAACAUCAAACAAUGUUGGGAGUUGUUGGUCAACAAUGUUGCGUCCAUUUGCACGGGGCUUAAGAUGCCUGUUGGUGAACUUUCUCAUUCAAACGACACAUGAUCGUACCAAGGUCCCUCAGUAUUCUCAUGUGUUUUCCCGCGCGUGGUUAUGACGGCAUUCAUUGCUUUAAAUUCUGAUUGAUUCCUUGAAUUUUCUGAGUUUGCUGUACAUGGCCGAAGUGGUAAAUUCAGUUUUAGAUUGGUUUUUAGAGAUUUGGCUUCAGUUUUAGACAGUCGGCGAAGUGUUAUAUUGACUAUGGAGGCAACACAAAGAGUAAUACCACUUAUAAACGAGUCUCGUUCUCUCUAAUCCCUCAUUUCUGAGUUGCCUUAAGGCUCUUUUUCAAAGCGUGGCCUACUGCCAAGCCGUUAAUAUGAAAAUGAUUUUACAUUCCCGUGAAAAUAAAUUUCAUUUUCACAAGAAAGGCAUUGCAAGUGAGAGUUUUUGGAACUCUUGUUAAAGUUUGUGUUUCAAAGAAAUUUCCGGGUUGCGAAUUCGAGUUGCGAAUUCAAGUUCAUAAAGGCAAAUGAAUAUUAACAAUUAUUGUCAUGCAGAGAGCGAGACAUAAACGUAAAAACCAAUACAAGGAAGACAUGAUUUACCCGUCAAUCACGUUUUUGUUUUCUUCUUCGCGCCGCUUUCCCCUUUGUUAUUAUUAAAACGUGCUAACUAAAAAUCUCCAUCGACUUUUUUCUUGUAAGCAACUUUCUUUGCUCUUUUAGGAUUAACUUGGAGUUGUUUAAAGCUGAAGAUGCCAUGUCGUCGCCGGCCAUUGUAAGUUUAACAGAAUUAACUCAUACUUUUUGAUUAUUUGAAAUCGGAAAUUGCUGUAAAAACUUUUACGUAACUUCAUGCCUGAAAAAGGUUAAAAAUACUAGAAAGUUUUGCAGAAAUCCAUGGGUCACGUUAGUUUUAAAACUUUCGUUGCAUUUUAUUUCCAAAAGUAAACGGAUCAUUAUACGUGUCUGGGAAACUGCUCACUUUCCCACUUUCACUUUCCCAGGGCGUCCUGAAGUGAUGCACUAAUCAGCGACCAUCGAAGGGGCACGGGCGGGUAGGGUGCGGGUUUUGUUUACUGUUGUCGCCAGUUUUAGUCCGGGAUGGCUGGGAGUGAAUCACUUAAUUGCACUUUUCAUAGUGUUUAAGAAACUCGAGGAGACUUUUGGAAGUAUAGACGUACAGCUGGGUCCUCUUCUUCGGUGCAUACCUGAAGGAUUCAAUUCCUCGCACGCUCAGGAACUAAAUCCUUGAAUUUUGCAUUUUCAUCUUUCAGGUUGUUCACAAAAUCGAGUCAGUGUCUCGACUCACUCAGCUUUUGCAAGAUACCCCUCACGGUGGGUACCCUGUGGUGGUGAAAACUGACAGAGAGGAUGAAGUGUUCUCAGGUUUAAUAUCUCGGUAAGUGUUUCCCUAUCCAGUACUCCUUCCCGGUAAUUUCCUUUUACAGGUAGCCCAAGCUCGAAAUAUGAGCAUCGGCGAACAUCGGCAUUGUUGCAUAACAUUCGAAAUAUAAGGAUUUUUUACCUCCUUCCUUUGAGGGGUGCAUAGGUAUGUUGUAGGUAAAAAAGGAAAUUCAGGUGACAAAAUUGUAACCUAGGUUGAUCCUCUAUAUUCUUUUUUUCCAACCUAAAUUAUUACAAUAAUGAAAGGGAGACAAAGGAAGCUGAUAAUUAAAUUACGACAAAAAAAUUAAUCCAAAUUUGAUUUGGACUUGAAACAUUUAUACUCUGUUAGUUAUUUAUGGUCGCUUUAUGCAUCACAAAAUUUCUUUCGUUUCUAAGGUGGAUUAAUAUUGCCAAUGUCCGCUUCUGUUGUUGCCUUUUAGAAACGACAUCACGGUUCUUCUGUCUCGCGAAGAUAUAUUUUCCUCUCGAGAGAAUCUAUCACUGUACGAAGAAGAGUUGGACGUAAACAGACUUGACUACUAUCAAGUGAGUACGGCUGUUUAAAAAUUUGUUGCUGUCGUUGUUUGAGGUGAAGAGGCGAAGUUUUUACGAAACUGUAGUCUGCACAGUGGAUGCUCAUUAACAUUUUAAGGCCUGUUUUCAUGGAGCUGGGGGACCCCAGGUAGGUGAGGUAACCUGCUUUGGUGCUGCAACCCGCCUGUCCAUAUAAUCUCUCAUUGUAAUUUGAUCACGUUUGCAUUCUAGGUAGGGUGACCAUACGAAAGAUUAUACGGACAGGCUGGUUACCCCACCUAAGUGGGUUACUUCACCUACUUGGGUUCCCCCACCUACAUGUAAACGGGCCCUUAGAUUAAAAUCCCAAACGUUGAUCCACCCUUUUUGGCAUGGUGUUUAUCUUUUUAAUCUGAAAUUAGGAAGAUCACAAGGCAUCAGUUGAGUAAAAUUGGUGACUAGUAGAAGAGUUCUCCUGCUCGUCUUCUAAACAUUGCCUGACACGAUUUCGCCGGUGCAUGUGCAUCCAGGGUUAAAGUACGGAAAAACGGGCACUAAAAACGUGCAACUUGGUUUGCAGCAUUGCUGCCCAACGAGUUGAAAAGCGCUGUUGCGCCGUUUUACCACCCACUAAUCAAACCUGUCUUGCAACAAUUAGGUUGUUGCAGGUUGGGGAAAAAGUUGUUAAAGAAAGCAGAGAGUAGUUCAACUUUUGCAACAAAACCUUUACAUAUUGCACGUUUUACCGGCCAAGGCACACUUACUUUGCAACGAGUGACUCAGUCCUGUCUAUGUCCUGACUCCGGCGUAAUUUUGUCCAAUCAGUAGUCAGUAUUCGCGCAACUUGCGACAGCCUGAUUUGUUGCAAGACAGGUUUGAACGUGGGUGAUAAAACGCGCAACAUCGAGUUCAACACCUUCUGUAGUAAUGUUCCAUAACAAGUUGCCCGUUCUUGUUGCCCCUUUUACUGUAGCUUUAUUUACCUUUACAACUCAUAUGCUUUCUUCGCUGUGAACUGAGAGGAAUUCUGACUGAAGUUUUGUGUGAACUCCUGUUUAUUAGCUGUCCCCUUAGUCUAUAUGAAAGUCUAUAGCGUUUAUUUUUUUGCACUUGGUGGUUUAGUGAUAAUAUGAGCGAAAUCUUAUUGACUAAGUAUUGAUCUCUGCUUCUGCAUGGUUGGUAUUUAGUUACCUGUUAAAAAAAGAAUUCGUACUUAUCACAUGUAUGCUCUUGUACGCCAAAACACUAAGGUUUCUCUUUUUUUUGUAGAUGCACCAAGGAUACCACAAGGAUGCUGAUCGAUUGAACUCUCAGUUAGACCUUUAUGCAGAAGAUCCUCGUUACCAGAAUUUAUUCAUCGAUCUGGUAAGAAAUUACACUGGAAAAAAAAAUAGUAUUUUCCCAAUGUAGCAAUAUCAAAAGUUGGGGCGGGGUGAGUUAGUGUCGGGUUUACACCUCUCUCAUCUUCAGGCCACACAGUAAAGUAAAGUUCAAGCAAGUCGAGACAAGAACGCUCUUAAAAGGGAAAGUCUCGCUUGCUUGGACCUUAGAUACGAAAUGUGGAGGCGAUUAAUUCUACACGAAACAGGAUUUCCCCGCUUAAAGUUUUUCACUUCCUACUUCAUCGACGGUCGAGUAUUCUUCAGGAUAUUUGCUUUUUAUAUCGUAUUCCACGAUUUAUACGCGUGUAUAAAUACACGAAAAUCAAUUCGAGAGAAAUUACAUCAUUGCCAGAGAGCACAAACGUGAUGAACAUGGCGUGUCAUUUCAAUCAUCCCCGAAAUUAAACCCCAUGCUCAUCACAAGACUCAUCCGCAUACAACUGGUGCAUUUGUAAUAGUUGACGUGUAUAUGUUUAUCACGUUUCUACUCUUUGGCAAUGAUGUAAUUUCUCUCGAAUCGAGGCCCUUGAUUUUCGUGUAUUUACACACGCAUACUUAAUCAAUAGACCCUUCCACGGGGUUUUUCAACUUUUUACAUAGACCAGUUGGGGAAAAGCCGUUGACACCACCCCGGAAAGAGCGUCUUAAAAUUAAUAAAAUUGCCAAAUUUGAAAGUGAUAGGUCUUAAAUGAGCGAAGACAUAGCUGCAUAUGUACGAAUAUUUAGUAAAAGACAAAGGAACAAAUUCCCCUGGAAGCUUCAUUGGGAAAAAACUGAGCUAAAGAGAGGUCUAUUGAGAGAUUGGAUUAAUCGACAAACAAAGAGCAGACCUGGUGCUGUAGAUGUAUAGUGUAAUUCCUUUAUGGGCACCCAACGAGAAUAUAGUUUAAAAACACUUAAACCUAGCAUUGUUAAACGUAUUUUAGUAUUUAAACAGUAGAUAUAGGCAUAUUUUUAUCUCCUAAUCAUUGGGGAGAAGCAGGCAAGCAAGAAAUUUUACAACAAAUGUUCCGAAAAUUCUAGAUCUCAAAUCGUCUUCCGAACAGAUAUUUUCCGAAAAUUGACGUUGGGUGCCCCUGAUUCCUUUUUCAGAUUUGUAUAGGUAAUAGCAUGAUUUGUAGUGAUAUUUGGCAUAAAUAUCAUUAGUGAUAUUCCCAAAUUGUUGUACGUAAAUUUGAGACAAUUUUGAAAUAUCACGAGCUGUAUUUAUGCCAAAUAUCACGUACAAAUUAUGCUAUUAUUUGUUUAUACUACUACCCGCAAAAGUUUUGUAAUUUUCACAUGUAGGUAUUUCAGAUUAAGCUGAAAUACUAAGCCAAUCAAAUUGCAGAAAUUUCUCAUGUAGUAACUUUUUGUAUCGUUUGCAGUCACCUUACGUGAAUCAUUCCGCUCCCACGGUACAAGAGACGUUCUCUCUUCACAGAACCUACAUCAUAUUCAGGACACUGGGUUUGAGGUAUGUCUGUCUACUGAUGAUUCUAACACUGAUAAUGAGAUGAGCGAAUUUUAAGGACGAUACCUUCGGAUACAGAGCUAUUACCGUAUAUUUGUCAUCGUGGCCAGGAAAAUUGGUAUUAGGGUGGGUUGGAGGCCAGGGCCGGACUGUCAAAAUAAUUAAGAUGACACCCAAACAAGGGAGGACCCAAGUUAUUUAACAUAUAUACCAAUAAUGGUAUAUUCACAAAGAUUUAGCUAAGUUAUUUCCAAAAACUGCUUUCUCCUUUAGUAAUAAAUUUCGUUCAACAUAAACUAAAUUCUGUUAAUGACCACGCCUCGCGGCAAGAACACUGCGUGGGUUGAUAAGCUGUUGUUGACUAUCACUUGAGACAUAGACUGUUCACAGUCCUUUUUAAGAUCCGGUCGAGAUCGAGCGCUUUGCGUUACGGGCGGCCAUCUUGGGUGAGUGUCCAAUAUACUUAUGGGGAGUGGGACCGCCACCUCUUUAAACCCCGACGCCCGCCCCCCUUGGUACAUAUGAAACCAAGAUGGCUGUCGGACCGGUAGGCGCUCGAUCCUGACGAUCUUACGAAAAAAUAGGGGACUGUGAACAGUCUACUUGAGCCAGUGAAAACAGGGACGGGUUUGACCCACUUUUUUCAACCUUCUUUUACCAACAGGCAUUUAACGGUCGUUGACGAGAGAAACAGGUGAGUUAUAGUUUCUUUUAUGGCUUUCUUCCGUCAUGCUUGUUUGCUUUAAUAAAAAAGUCGCUGCUCGCUCUAUCGUGACGACAACAGCAGUAAUAGCGUCACUAGUGAAGCGAAGUUAUGCUCCUUUAAACUUCUUCGCGAAUCCUCUCUUGAACUCGCUCAAUUUGUCAAAAUAGGCGAAUUUCGCUGAAUUUGCAUAGUAAGGUCGCUCCAACUUCAAAACGAGGAAGAAUCCACCUCUCUUUAGUUUCUGAGCUUUUGUGAUAAUUACUGUGUGUGAAACUACAAAGGUUCUCGAUUAAUGAUUCCUUUACUCCAGGGUCAGGGGAAUAAUAACCCGCAAAGAUCUCAUGGGAUUCCAAAUGGAGGAACGCAUCCACAAAUUCCUUCACUCGUCCCGGGACCAUGAAAUGCAGUCACCGAGUUCGUCACUAGUGCACCGGUCAAGCAUGGACGCUUAA